AUGUCUGCCUUAUCUCAACACUUGUACCAAAUACCAUCCCAUUUAAUUUUAAAUGAUGACCAAAAAGAACAGCUUAAAACAUUACCAGGACUUUAUAUACUUCAAUGUUUUUGUGGAAGUGAUAUGACAUUAAAAUCUUCUUCAACACGAAAAAAUAGACAGAUGUAUACUUAUGUUGGCUGUCUAGCAUUUGCUAGAAUUAAAAAAAAUAAAGAUAACAAUUAUAUGGCAUUGGAUGUUAAAACUAUAGCAAUUAAUAUGUUAAAAGCCCAAGUUCAUCCAGUCGUAAUAUUGGAAGAUAAUAUGAAAUUUAUAGAUUUAAACUUAGGAGGAAAUGUUUUAAUAGGCAAUGAAAGAUUUUUGUUAACCAGCCAAGAUAUUAUCAAUUUUAGAAAUUCAAUUACAAAAGACAUUUGGGGUAUAGAUAUUAGAAAUAGUGUUGAAAAAAAUAUUCAUCAAAUUUUUGAAACUAACAAUGAUAAAAUAAUUAAAAAUUCUACAAUUUUUUAUAAACCUAAACAAUCUAAUCAAAAUAGAUUAAUGUUAGUUUUAGCAACUCCAGAACAAAAAGAAAUGGCAUGGGAAUAUAGUCAUAAUAAAAUUAUACAUUUUGAUAGAACUUUUGGAUUUUCCAACAAAAAAGAUCUUAUUAUUUGUUCUUUUGCUAGUGGAGCGCAAAAAGCAAGUAGUUCUUAUAACUAUUCAAUUUUAAAAGAAUUAUUAAAGCAAUACAAAGACAAAUUAUCCACUGAAAAAAAUUGUGAAUUUCUUCUAAAAAUGAAACAAAUGUUAGGUAGUUAUGGUAGUUAUGAUAUUAUUUCUUAUCGAAAAGAUAUGAAAGAAUAUUUAAAUAAUAAUAUUAAAAGGAUUAAGAUUGCACGAAAUUAUGAAGAAAUUGUAAAUAUAGAGCUUGGGUGGACGUAUUAUGGUAAAUUAAUUGCAGCAAAUAUUUUAAAUGUAUCUAUUGAUUCUAUACCAAAUACUAAUAACCAUCUUGAGGCUUUUAAUAAUCAGUUAAAAACUCAUCACUUAAACAGAUUUCAAAAUGAAGGCUAUUUGUUAAGACUAGAUGUUUUAAGUGUAUUACUUAUUAAAAAUAAAUUACGUGAGCAAAAAGCCAAGACCAUUAUACAAGAAAAACAAAUAAUUAAUGUAAAAUAUACGAAAGAUUCACUAUUAUUAUGGAUUAAAUCAAGUGAAUCAAAUCAGAUUGGACAGAAAAUUUAUACAAAAGCCUUUAAUUCUUUAGAUAAGAAACAAACCCAAGAAUUAUUAUUAUUUGAACAGGAGUUACAAGAAGUAUAUACAGGUGAUUUAGAAGAUUCAAUUUUGUCUAAUAGUACGAUUACAGAUAAUAUAAUUUCUAUUGACAAAGAUUCUCCAACUGAAACUAUUAUUCCUUCAACUGCAGUUGACACUACUAUUCCUCUAACUGAAACAACCACUUCAACUAAGACUACUACUCCUCUUACUCCUCUUAAUUUAAAUAUAAAACAUUCAAUAAUAUCUAUUUGGAAGCAAGAAUAUAUUAGCUCAAUAUCAAAUCUUCUUGCUGAUUUGAAUGACUUAAUUACAGUUGAAAAUAGCAUGAAUAGACUUACUUAA